CAUAAAUUGAUCAACAAACACCAUGCCGCGCGCCAAAAUCCUCUUGACCGCAUACAUAUACAUACACGACCGUUCCCAUCCCCCUUGGUAAUUAAUAACAUCUCACAAAAUGCCAACAGUCUCCGCCGUGCUGAAACCCCUCCUGGGAACGGCCGGAGCUGCCGUGGGCGUGUACUUUUGCUUCCUAGCCCUCCUCACCAUCCCCUCCCUGCAAGACCACGUCAUAUACCUGCACCGCGUAACCCUCACCUGGUUCCAAGACGCCAACGUGCCCGAGCAAUGGGGCUUCCUCCGCAAUCAGGUCACACCGUUCAACCUUAAAACCCCCGAUGGCGAGACUUUACAUGCUUGGCAUGUCCUUCCGCUCGAGACCUACCGCAAGAAUGCAGCGGCGCUCCGGGCGGAGCCUGUAGGUUUGUGUCAAGACAUCAAGCAAAGCCUGGGCUUCCGCCUGCUGACCGACGACCCGGACGCACGGCUGGUCCUCUACUACCAUGGCGCGGCAGGCACACUUGGGUCCGGCUGGCGGCCGCAGAGCUAUCGCGCCCUCUCCGCCGCUGCACCAAACGCACAUAUCCUCGCCAUCGACUAUCGCGGCUUCGGCGCAAGCACCGGGUGGCCGUCCGAGGCAGGACUGUUGACAGACGCCCUUGCGUUGGCUAGAUUCGCCAUGGACGACGCACACAUCCCGCCCGAGCGCAUCGUCGUGUUCGGACAGUCUCUCGGCACGGGAGUCGGCGUCUCGCUCACGGAACACCUAGGAGCUCUGGACCCACCAGUCCUGUUUGCCGGCACCGUGCUUGUAGCGCCGUUUGCGGACGUGGGCUUGUUGACCAAGACGUACAAGGUUGCGGGCACGAUCCCGUUGCUCUCGCCCGUUGCUAUAUUCCCCGCCUUGCUGGCGUUCUUCAAUGGUUUCAUCGUGAGUAAGUGGCCGGUGAAGGACAAGCUUGCGACGCAUAUCCGGCGCUGUGAGACGCGCAAAGGGGCGGGUGAGCGGGGGGUCAAGUACGACGUCACGCUCAUCCAUGCAGAGGACGAUUACGAUAUCCCCUGGGUGCAUUCCGAGAUUGUCUUCUGGCAUGCUGUCAACGCGAUGAGGCGCCCGGAGGCACCGUCGCUCGCGUUCGAGGAGCUGGAGGCGGAGAAGGAGAAGCUGCGGACGGGGCUGGGGGCGGGUGGGUGGGAGGUUGAGUGGAGGGGGAGUGGGGGCGUGGUGAGAGAGCAGAUUGUCAGGCAUGGGCUGCAUGAUCGUGUUAUGAGUUAUCCUGUUGUGAGUGUUGCUGUUGCGAGGGCGUUUGAGGGGGCUUGAUGGUGGGCGUGGUGGGUGGUUUGGACUGAGUGUGGGUCUUGGAUGUGAUGUAUGUGUGUAUGCGGGACAUCGCUGUCUGUUUGACUGCUGUCUAUGGUUUACAUAUAGACCCGAGGAUGCGUUGGCUGAGGAGGGUAGUGCAAGAAUGCUACGACAUAAAGGGUUGAUCAGAUGCAAAUAGAGAACAUAUCAGCCAAG